GUGGGUCCGGUACCCCUGACCCCCGUUAGGUCUGCUGGUAAACACAAGAUUUUCGAGGCAUUAAAACACGGCCCUCGUAUAUCCCAGCGGCGAUAUACUAAUCCUGCCGUUGCAUUGUAAUAUUAGGUGUAUAUAAUUAGGCUUACAAUGGACGUAUUUUUAAUGAUCAGGCGAAAAAAAUUGACGAUAUUCACCGACGCGAAGGAUGACACCACGGUCCUCGAGCUGAAGAAGAUGAUUGAAGGUAUAAUGAAAGUACCACCGGCAAAUCAACAGCUGUUCAACAAGGACAACCUUCUGAUGUCAGACAACAAGACGCUACAGGAUUACGGACUGACAUCGUCGACCGCGAAAGCACAGUGUCCCGCAUUGGUCGGUUUAGCGUUGCGUCAACCCGACGGCCAGUUCGAACCUCUCGAGAUGACACCGUUCUCGCUACCGCCGGAUCUCCCCGACGUUAUGAAGUCCCAGGAAAACAACGGCCAGGAGCAGUCUCCUUGAAACGACGCGCACGACGUUGCGGUCAUCGACGAUGAAGUUUUGUGUUCCGCGCAAUUUAGUAAUCGUCAGGGCAGCUCUGGAUGGUAAAAAUGGAAUGGGCAGAAAGGCAAAUCUUACAUACCCGCAGUAUGUGAAUACUGAAUAUUAGAGUGUGAAUAAUACAAUGGUAUCGAAUACCAUAUAUACGAAUUAUUAGAUAACAUGCAACUUUUAUAUAAGAAAUAUUCAGAGCUGCAAAAUUUUUCAAUAUUCAAUUUAAAAUGAGGAUGCUAUAAUAUAUAGUCACGCAAUCUUCAGUCUUAUAAGGGACAUGUGAUGAGUACUGAUUUGUACUUCGAUUAUUAGACUGAAAGUGAUAAUAAAAGUAAAAAAAAGUUCUGCUCAUUAACGUGCAUCAAACCAAAUUUAUAUAGCUAUAAAAUUAUUAACAUAAGUGUUCUGUUUGGUCAACACGCGAAAUAUAAAUACCUCAGCUUACAUUUAAGUUACAGGUACAUAUAGCCUAAUUAUUUUAAAAGUAUCUUUUUUUUUUUUAAAUACCUUUUUAAUACCUUCAAAUCAAAUAUUUUGCUUCUGUGCUCUCUUUCAUUUAUUCUAUAUACGUAUUUUUCCUUGUAUCAACAAAUUAGAUGCAAUAUUUUGUAAAAUAUGCAUUUGACGCGUAUGACUUUAAUGUGGAUGUCUAAAUUGCUAAUUUCGGUAGUCGCGUCGUAUUAGAUCUGAACCUGGUACACGAUACACAAUCAUGAAUGUAAAAUAUGAUGCUCCAAUUAAUGGUCUUUAGUUCAAUAAUAUUGUAUCCUAUUAAUUAUUGUCUAACUUAUAUAGUUUUAUAUAACUGAUGGCAACACCAUUAACUGUACGUUACGAUAAGACUUGUAACAACACACACGAGUAAUGUCAUGCUAUCGUGAUAGCGAAAAAAAUAUAUAUUGUACAUGAUUACA